CCACCGCCUAGUCCUAUAUAUUCAUCUUCAUCAACCCUAAACUCCCAGAAGCUUACUCUACUCUCAUCACCACUAUCGCCUGUUCAUCUUCAUCGUAACGCCUACCGAAGCCAGAGCCGCCGCGAGUCGCUGCUCUCACCCUCAGAAUCUCCAACAACUCCGCCACUGCCUUGUCUGUUAUCCCUCCGAUUCUUAAUCAACACCUCGCUCACGGACGCGGGGUCAUCUCCGCCUCAAUCUCCUUCCAAACGCCGACGUUUCCUCCAGUGGCUCCUCCUCUCAUCUCCGCCACCUCCGCCUUGUAGAAGCCUGACGAGCCUCCUCUGUUUCCGCGCCGCUCGAGUUGUCCUUCUUGCGAUUCCCGAUCGGCACUGCGCGUCAUCUCUGCAUCAACUAGAGCAGCACCAAUAUCAUAACAUAGCCAUCCACAUCACCUUCGACUCACGCACCGCCUUCUGGAAAUCAGUGAUCGUCGUCGAGCCCAUGUAACCCUCGUUGCCCAACUCGUUGUCGCUACUAUUUAUGUACCCCGCCCAGAUCUGGGUUUGCGGUUUACAAAUUUGGUCAACGCUGUUGUGGAUUCUAAUCAUCGCGGCAAUGCAAGUUUGGGGGAAGAUCGGUGGGAAGAGAGAGGUGGAAGAUCGGAGAUUGGAGAUUGGCAAUGGUGGGUGUGAGGGGAAGAUCGGAGGACAGAGGGAGAUUGAAACCCAUAUUUCAUCUUCUUUUCCCCUGACUUCAUCUUCUCGAUCAAAACCCCGAUUUGUCGCUUUCAAGAUCCAACUUUCGAAACCCAGAUUUGCAGCGAAGGGAGAAAGUUGAUGUCGUGGAAGACAGAAGCACGAUCCAUUCCUUCUCCCUCUGCUCGAGAAUCAUCCUCGAUCUUAAUGGCGAGUUCAGAGAUUAUGUAAAUGGCGAUUCUCCAGCGGUGAUGGAAGAAUUGUG